GUCGUCAUGCAUCGGGUUUGUCAAGUCGGUCGUGCUGCUCGAUGCUUCAGCAGCAAGAAAGCCAUGACGUACCAUCUUGUGGGCCGCGGGGAGGGUGUCAAGUGCUCCAUGGAGCGAGGCGACGGUAUGACCAUCUCUACCGACAUCCCAAAAGCCAUGGGAGGUACAAACACCGCUCCGCAGCCGGUGGAGCUGUUCUUGGCGUCGCUGUGUGGUUGCGAACUAGCCACUGCGCAGUUCGUGGCCAGGCAUAUGAAGCCUCGCAUAUCAAUCGACAAGAUUGAGUUUCAUGUUGAAGCCAGUCGGGACAAACAAGGAGCGCUGCACCUGCCGCUCGGCGACGAUUCGGGAGCACCGGUGGCGCGACUCGAUCGGAUAUGGGGCCAAGCACUCGUGUACACGUCGGCCAGCCAGGAUGAAGUUGACAAACUGGCAGCUGAAGUCAAGACGCGAUGUCCUAUUGCAAACAUGGCCGUUCUCUCUGGAUGUAUCCUGGACAUCCAAUGGCUUCGGCACUCGAGUUAAGUUGGUUGUUAAUCUAAAACCAACUAGUUCCAAACCAUUUCGAU